AUGGCUCGUGGAAUUCAGACUCUCCUAAGGUGCUGAAGCUGGGGGUUCUACCAGUAAAGGCCAUGCUAGCUGUGGAGGAACAUGUCUGGGCUUCCUCUGGAGGACAAGUCUUCAUCAUCAGCACUACCACACACACUGUGGAGGUAACAAGAGCAUCUCUUUAUCUCACUUCCUGUAUGGAUCCCUGCCUCCCUCUCUGUCUCAUAACUUUUAUAUCAUCUGGAGGAAGAGUCACACACACAUUCACACUGUCAUAGAGGUACUUAUCUUUCCUAUCUCUAAUAUCUCAUAAAUUCCCCCUUUCCUUGCUCAUAACUCUUAUAUGUACCAGACCCAGUCUCCCGUCUCUCUGUGUAGUUCAAACAGAUACUGAGGCUCAUGUGUGAGAGAUAAGGCACAAAUUCAAUAUCCUAGCCGCUUCCCAGGUUUAUGAAAAAGGAAUGUAGGACACACUCGUGGAGGUGUAGAGAAAACACAUUUUAUUACAGUUCAACUACUAUAAAGUGGUGUGGUCCCACUUACAGCUCCAAUCUACUAUUCAAAUAUUAUAUUUCAUGCCCUCUAUAAAAAGACAUUAAGAGUUCUUCUCAUGGCGUUGUACAAAUAUGAAGGAUUUGAAAAUGAAAGUUGUGAUAAACUCUGAAUGACCUCUUGAUCUGUUCGUUUAACUGAAAUGGAAAUGAUUUUGUCCAUAAGUGAUUGGAGUUUCCUUCUGCGGUUGCAGAGAUGUAGGUGUUGGUGCAUUCACCACAUUCUCUGGGCAUACUUCACAUUUCUGUUCUGAUACUCCACCAUCCCACACCAUGCGUCUGCUCUGCUCAGUCUCUCUCGGGCAUCGCUGGUUCUGGUAGCUUUACUCUUAAAGAUACAGUGCUAUCUACUGUUGAUGUGGAUAUGUUGCUCCCUGCUAUUAACUAUGAAACCACUAGAUGAGGUAUGGUUGGAUGAGAGUCUUAGACAUUAGAAUGUAGAAUGUAGAACAUGGCCGGAGGGCGUGUCACGUCUAGUUAUCUGUGUUUCUAGGUUACUAAUUAUUUUUGGCCCAAUCUCUGUGAUGUCACCUGCACUUGGCUUGGCUCUGGCUUAAUUGCGUUACAGAGGUAUAGUGGAACCUGGGAGGGGUCUCUCUCGCUCCGUCUCUCCUUGUCUCCCAAGCUCCCUCUCUCCAGGCCCGGUGCGUUUGUGUUGUUCUCUGUCCGUCCUAGAGUCACAGUCCGGGUCACCAGCACCUGCUGUCUGUCCUGGAAUAGCAACAUUCCUCCUCCCCUCCUCUGACACACAGUCUCAUAAUCCAGUUAGUGUAAUUAGGCUCAUUACAGGACCACCUGCCUUUCUCCCCGAAGGCUUACAUCCUGGCACCUACAUGGGAAAAGGGUGAUGGAGGUAGAGAAAGAGGGAGAGAGAGCGGCAGGCAAAAAGGGAAAGAGUGGGAGAGACUGAGGUGAAGAGGAAGUAGAGAGACUGGUAGAGAAAUGGGGACGGAGAGACAAACAAAGAAGGGGGGGAGAGGGCGACAAGAAGGGAGAGAAUGAGGCUAGAGAGGUCAUCUGGGAAGUUCAAGUUUAUGUAGGUUCAGUGACACACUACCUGAUCUUGUUGUUGUCAAUACUGGAACCCUGCUGUGAGGCCUGUGAGACUGUCCUUGGCCAAGUAGAGUUUCCCUUCAUUAACAGGGAUGAGGAGGGAGAUCCCAUGCCACACAGCUGAUGGCUGUAGAGUAGUGCCUCUCAGGGACUAGGCUGAGAAAAUCUCAGGGAAAUUACUUAAAAACAACUAAAUCCACAAUUGAUAUUGUUUCUGACUGAUACCAGUAGAACUGAGGCACAGCGUAGUCUAUAUUGGGUAAGCUGAAAUGCCCUCAGUCAUAUUUGGCUUUGUAAUUAGGGAAAUAAAAUCAUGGCAAGUUUAUAUCAAACUGUGGAUCUAUGAAAAGCAGACAGGACUUUCCUCAGAGCUCAUGUUUUGACUAAAGCUGAUGUUGCUGUUGUGCUCAGCACUACCUAUAACAAUCCUGCAAAUCAAAACACAAUAACCACCUCUCUCUGUAGCUCAGCUGGUAGAGCACGGUGCUUGUAGCGCUAAGGUAGUGGGUUCGAUCCCCGGGACCACCCAUACACAAAAAAAAAAUGUAUGCACGCAUGACUGUAAGUCGCUUUGGAUAAAAGCGUCUGCUAAAUGGCAUAUUAUUAUUAUUACUAUUAUGUCAAUUGGAGUAACAAAGUCGAUCUUGUAUAAUUUAUUUAUGGUUUCUCAAAACAAUCUUUAGCCAUAACAGUCCACUGUGUAAACUCUACCAUUACUAGGAUGUGGACAGGGCUCAGCCUCUUAGCAGGCUUACUGUCAGUGUGUCAGUGUGUUGUCACAGCUUAGACAGUACAGUGCAUAUGAUCUCCUGUCUGUCUCUACCCUCUGAAAUCACUUGGACAGUUGUAUUGUACAUUUAGACUACUCCUCAGUGAUUUCAGAGGGUAGAGACAGACAGGAGAUCAUCUAUAUCUAUAUAUAUAUAAACAUAUACAUAUAUAAUUAUAAUAAUUUAUAAUUAUAUAAUUAUAAUUAGUCAUUUAGCAGACGCUCUUAUCCAGAGCGACUUACAGGAGCAAUUAGGGUUAAGUGCCUUGCUCAAGGGCACAUCGACAGAUUUUUCACCUAGUCGGCUCGGGGAUUAGAACCAGCGACCUUUCGGUUACUGGCACAACGCUCUUAACCACUAAGCUACCUGCCGCCCUAUACAUACACAUACAUAUACACAUACAUACAUACAUAUAAAUACAUAUUCAUACAUACACAUACAUAUACAUACAUACACAUACAUAUACAUACAUAUACAUACAUACACAUACAUACAUAUAAAUACAUAUACAUACAUACAUACACAUACAUAUACACAUACAUACAUACAUACAUAUAAAUACAUAUACAUACAUACACAUACAUACAUACAUAUAAAUACAUAUACAUACAUACACAUACAUAUACACAUACAUACAUACAUAUAAAUACAUAUACAUACAUACACAUACAUAUACACAUACAUACAUACAUAUAAAUACAUAUUCAUACAUACACAUACAUAUACACAUACAUACAUACAUAUAAAUACAUAUUCAUACAUAUAUAUAUACAUAUCCUUUAAAAAAUGUUUCCCUUUAUUACUUUCCAACCCCACCACCCCUUCCCUAAUUGGAGUAAACUAGUGAACAACAACGCUUAGUCCUCUACUUCCAGCUUAUACAUACUAUAUAAAUGUUAUGGACACAGUCAAUUUCACAAUAAUUAUAUUUUGUUUGUUUUUACUCCUGAACUUCCUCUACCCUCAACCUCUCCGAUCAUUUUUAUGAUGUCCAUCCGGUUUGCUUCUAUAUGCCAUAUCUUUCUAACUGUGCUCUUUCACAAAAGCUCUCAACCUAUAACCUAUAUACUUAUUAUGGACACAGUAUGCUUUACAUUAGUUAUCUUGUAUCUCAGUGACUUAGUGAUGUGUAAAUAUACUGUCAUUCUGAAUACAACCAUGUAAAAUGGCAUUUCCUGACAAUGUGAGAUUGUUGAAGGGCUAUGAUUCUUUCUGAUUAGUGGCUAAGUAGUAGGGUUUUCUCCCACUACUCUAAAGACAGACAAAGCAUUUGAAGAACUGACCAAUGUGUCAUUCGGCUGUGCAGUAUAAUAUCCUCUCUUCCUGUCUUCCUCUCUCCCCCUGUCAGAGGCAGUUGGAGGCCCACCAGGAGGAAGGCAUGGUGGUAUCCCACAUGGUGGUGGCUGGAGUGGGCAUCUGGAUAGCCUUCAGCUCCGGGUCUACCCUGAGACUGUUCCACACAGAGACCCUCGAUCAUCUACAGGACAUCAACAUCGCUACGCCUGUACAUAACAUACUGGCU